UCAUUUUUAUUUAAGAAUUGAACCUGUGCUAAAUCAUGUCUUCUGUCUUCAAUCUCUGCUACCCGUCUUUUUCAAUUUUUUUACUUUGUUUUUUUUAAUGUGUGGUGGGUGGGGUGUAGGGUAUAGGGUUAUGUGAUUGUGGGUGAUGUAUUUCUUAGUUGAAUAUCUUAGCAUCAUAAUGUGAACUACUGUAGUUUUUCUCCGAUCCAUUAUAUCAGACAACAAUACGUUUCUUUUCAUAAUUAAUUUGUACAAAAUGUCGGCUUAUCCUUUACUAUAUAUCAAUGUGGAUCGUUGUUUUUUUACACCACACACCUUUUUUUUUCAUCACCUCAAUUCUACUCAAUUCAACACUUGAACUUAAAACAUUUAAGCAAUCUCUCUCUAUCUCUCAGCACCUAUAAAUAUAUAUAUAUAUAUAUAUAGAUGAAUAUCUAAGCAAAGUACCUGAACUCAUCGCAAUCAAAAUAUAAUAUAUUGUAGAUUUUGGCUCCUUGGAGUUCCCUUACAUAGAACCUAAAAAAUGGGAGAUAAUCAGGAUGUAAAGCUACCUCCUGGAUUUCGGUUCUGCCCUACAGAUGAAGAGCUGAUCCUUCAGUUUCUCUAUCCUAAGGUUUUUCUCAUACCAUCUACUCAUCUCAAUAUCAUUCCUGAUCUUGAUCUUCACCUUUAUCAUCCUCGGGAAUUCACUGGUACGGCAUUGUCCAGCGGAAACAUGCACUAUUUCUUUAGCAAAACGACAGAAGAUAAAGCAACCUCAAAUGGGUAUUGGAAAGAAAUGGACAUAAACGAGCCAAUAUUUGUUUCUGGAGCUAAUAAUAAAGUGGGUGUGAAGAAGUAUUAUGUGUACUUUGUCAUUAAUCACCAUGAAUCUCCAACUUCAGUCACUGAAACCAACUGGAUCAUGGAAGAGUACAACCUUUGCAACAAUCUUGAAUUGAUGAGUACUACUUCUCCCACUUAUAAAAGACGAAGAAAACUAAAGCUAGACUUCAAAUGGGUUUUAUGUCGAGUUCAUGAAAGGAAGUUGGACGAUAUUUCUCUGCAGAGUGUUCAGUAUGAGGAUGAUGACAAUGGAACCGAGCUUUCUUGUUUAGACGAAAUGUUCUUGUCGUCAUUAGAUGAUGACCUUGACGAAAUUAGUAUGCAAAUACUAGAUUGAAACUCAAAUAUUUAUAUAUGUUAGAUAGUUAUUAUAAUCUCACUAGAUAAAUAUAUAUGUUUGAUGUCUGUGUACAUUUUUACAUUUGCGGUCAUAGUUGUAUACAUAGAUAUACAUGUAUGUGUCGUAAAGUCUGUGUAAAUUAUUUGAUAUGUAAUUAUGUCCAUAUCAAAUAAUAUAUAUAUAUGCAUAUGCUAAUUGUAUGUUUUAUCUAAGUAAAUGU